AUGGCUGCUGAUGCUUCUGAUGCUCUUGCAGUGAGGCAAAAAGUUCAACAGUUUCUCGAUGCGUCUCGUACCGGAAAUCUUGACCUCUUCAAGAAAUUAGCGUCGCAACUGGACGAUGGGAGGGGGCUGGCGCAAACGGUGGCUGAUGUAAAGGACGCUAACAAGCGAGGGGCUCUUCAUUUUGCUGCGAGAGAGGGCAAGACUGAGGUGUGCAAGUACUUGCUGGAGGACUUGAAGCUCGAUGUUGAUACAAAAGACGAAGAUGGUGAAACUCCUCUUAUUCAUGCUGCUCGGCAAGGACAUACUUCCACUGCCAAAUACCUUAUUGAGUGCGGUGCUGAUCCUGAAAUACCCAGUGAACUGGGGGCCACAGCUCUGCACCAUGCUGCGGGAAUAG